UUGACAAUUUCAUAGGAUGAAUAAAAGAAGCCUCCGUUUACGUGCCACCACACACAUUCCUAAACCAAACCACAAGUAAAUAAGCAUUUUCCCUUGUUCUUUGCUGCUUCUUAGUCCCUAAGCAUCUUGUUACUAACACGCUUUGAGCAAAACUUGAGUUAAAUAUUUCUCCUUUUCACCUUACUAAUAAAUCAUAACAAUUAACAACAACAACAACAACGAAUAAUGAUGAUUCAACCAUUAUUCGCGCUUGUAUUUCUUGAAGUGCUUGUGAUAUUGACCCUCAUAUUCCGAACCCCUUUAAGGAAACCUGUUUUGAUGGCAUUAGAUAAAUCGAAGCAAGGGAGAGGACCUGUCAUAGUAAAAAGUGCUGGAGGAACAUUAUUCGUGGUUUUAGUCUCCAUCUUGUUCAACGUCACUCUAAUGCAGAAUCGCGCUACUGAUUCUGGAACUGUUAAUCCAACUGAUCAAGUUUUGUUGGCUAAUCAUCUCUUAGAAGCCUCGCUCCUGGGGUUCACAUUGUUUCUUGCUUUGGUCAUAGAUAGGCUUCAUUACUACAUAAAAGAGCUUCGUCUACUAAGGAAGACAUUGGAGGGAGAAAAGAAAACGAACCAGAGUCGCGAUCAGGUGGAAAGUGCAGCAUCAAAAAGUCCGAGCACAAGUACAUAAUAAUAUAUCUAUGUUUUAUAUUUCUCUGUUUGUUAUAUGGUUUUUUUUUCUCCAAUUAUUUCCUAAAUGUCUGAUUGUAGUUUGUAUGAUUUAUUUAUUGCAACAAUAUAUAUAUUUGCUAUUGAUAAUAUUCUCCCAUAUGCUUUGUGGGAUCGACUCCGACUCAUAGUUGGAUAAAUAUAUUGCAUACGAUCAUUUAUAUUUCUUUCAAGAAGUAUCGUUAUGUAACUUAUCUACUCUUGUUGUAGAAUUGCCAAGAAA